AGACGAAAAGAGAUGUGGAAAAAAAAGGCGGGGAGAAAAGAAGAGAUGAGGAAUUACUGAUAAGUGAAAUAGAAGAGGAGAGAAAAGACAAAAAGGAUAAAGGAGAGAAAAGGAUUUCACACACAGCAGCGAUGAACACAGCUCGGAUUCACGACCAGCAGAAGCUGAAGUCCUUCUGGGAGCAGAAGAUCGAGCAGCACGGCGAGCAGAGGGACGAGGAGGAGGACCGCAGGAGGGGCAGCGCUUUGGCACGGCUGAGGGAGCAGUGGUUAGUCAGGUUGGAUCAGCGGAAUCAGCACCAGCAGAGUUUCUUCGAGGAGAGACUCAGACGAGCUCAGAAAGCUCAGCAGAGCCUCGGGAAGCUGGAUUCCCCUUGAAACCAGCAGACCCAGCCUCAGAGGUCUGCAGCAACUCCUCCGCCAAUCAGCAAUCAGCUUGCAGGUGAAGAGCAGCUGUCCCGUGUUGUGCAGAGUCUUGCAUUUGUAAUGCUGACAUCUUUUUAUACAAAAAAAU